ACAAUUCAAGCAAGAUGGCAAAGGUGACGAAGAGAGCUGUUCUGGUAGGUUGCAACUAUCCCUACACGAAAUUCAGGUUGAACGGAUGCGCCAAUGACGUGGAGGCCAUAAAAGUUGUGAUCCAUGAGAAAUUUGGGUUCAAAGAGAAAAAUAUCCAGGUCCUUACUGAUAACCACAAUUCACCGGUUCCGUCGUCGUCGCUGCCGACCGGUGCCAACAUUAGGGCUGCCCUUAAUGCAAUGGCGAAAAAGGCUAAACCAGGAGACGUCCUGUUUUUCUACUUCAGUGGACACGGAACUGCCAUUCCGGUCCUGGAAGCUCACAAGCAUUUCAGGCAGGACGAAGCCAUCGUGCCUUGUGAUUUGAAUCUCAUCACUGAUGUGGACUUCAGGCGUCUUGUUAACCGGCUACCGGAUGGAGCAAGCUUCACAAUGCUUUCAGAUUCAUGCCACAGCGGUGGCCUCAUUGAAAAAGAGAAAAGACAAAUUCUACCUUUCAAAGGAAGAGUUACGCCAGAAACUACUGAUGAUCAGCCCAAGGGUAAGGUCAAGGUUAAGGCAAAGUUCCUUAUUUUUGAUUUCAUAACCCACGCGAUCGACGCGGCGGCGGGCUUCGCCGGUGACGCGAUCGAUGCAGCUGCGGGCUUCGCACACGAAGGAGUACAUAAAAUCGCCCAGGGUGCUCACAAGAUCUUCGGGAAAGACGUGAGCCUCAAGUUCCAUCGUCACUACAUGGGCGGGGCUUUCGAGCUGGAUCCGCUACAGGAGGAUGAUGGGAUCUUGUUAAGCGGAUGUGAAGCCGACGAGACGUCGUACGACAUCGUGUCCGGUGGUCGAGCUUUCGGGGCAUUCACUGAUGCAGUGGUUUACAUACUAAAAAAGGCCUCGUCGAACGAUGAGAUAACCAACGGAAUGCUUUUGUCUAAGGCUGCCAAGGCUGUAGGGGAAAAAACAUAUGACACUGAGCAGAACCCUUGCCUUUAUUGCAGCGAUAAGAACAAAGAUAAGCCUUUCUUGGGCGGAGGCGCGACAUUGACAAUCGCGGCGGAUUUCAGCUACAGCGGCGCUCUCAUCGCCGGAGGGAAAGAAGAAGUCGGGUCCAACACAAUGAUACCAUUUCCUACAUCAUAUGCAGACUGCAUCAGAUCCAUGUCCGUUUCCAAGUCCGACCGACAAGAGACAGAUCCGAGUCCGACGGGAGACAGUGGGAUUUUGAUCAGUGGGUGUGAUGCGAACGAGACAUCAUUCGACGUGAUCGUCAGAGGAGAAGCCUAUGGGGCAUUUACCGAUGCGGUGCUGAAAGUGCUCGGAAAACGUCGGGAUUGUCCGGUGAAUACAAGACUUGUGUAUGAAGCUCGAGAGAAAUUAAAGCAGGAUGGGAUCGGAGUUGAGCAGAUCCCUUGUCUUUACUGCAGUAACGCCAGUGUAAAUGCACCUUUCAUGGGUGGGUUUGCUUAA